GAAAUUACACAUUUUGGAGAAACUUCCGAAAUUUUUAGAUUUGAUAAAGCCUAAAAUUAGUCUUAAAGGUUUAUUUAACCGAUUAAUAACUCAAAAUGGGAGUUCCUAAAUUCUAUAGAUGGAUAAGUGAGAGAUAUCCUUGCUUAAGUGAAGUUGUGAAAGAAUAUCAGAUACCAGAAUUUGAUAAUUUAUAUUUGGAUAUGAAUGGAAUAAUACACAAUUGCUCUCAUCCAGAAGAUGAUAAUCCCCAUUUUCGAAUAACCGAGCAGAAGAUAUUCCUUGAUAUUUUUCAUUAUAUUGAAGUUUUAUUUCGUAUGAUUCGUCCCAAGAAGACAUUCUUUUUAGCCAUUGAUGGUGUUGCUCCGCGUGCUAAAAUGAACCAACAACGAGGUCGGAGAUUCCGAUCAGCUCAGGAAGCUCAAAAAGUUAUUGACACUGCUAUUUCUAAGGGAGAAGUUCUCCCAAAAGAGGACCGUUUUGAUUCAAACUGUAUUACACCAGGAACAGAAUUUAUGGUGAAAUUACAAGAUCAGCUUAAAUAUUUUAUAGUGAAGAAAAUAUCUUCUGAUUCAAUGUGGAAAGAUUGUAAAGUUGUUUUAUCUGGUCAUGAAACCCCAGGUGAAGGAGAACAUAAAAUUAUGGACUAUAUUCGUUACGAAAAGUCGAUGGAAGGAUAUGAUGCUAAUACAAGGCAUUGUCUGUAUGGUUUGGACGCAGAUCUUAUAAUGCUAGGUUUAACUACUCAUGAAACACACUUUUCAUUAUUGAGAGAAGAAGUGAAGUUUGGCAAACAGAACAGGAAAAAGCCAGUAGCACCUGAAGAAAUUACUUUUCAUUUACUUCAUUUGUCUCUCAUGCGAGAAUAUCUGGAUUACGAAUUCUCCACAUUGAAGAAUACACUAAAAACCUUUCCAUAUAACCUAGAAAAUAUUAUUGAUGAUUGGGUUUUUAUGGGCUUUCUGGUUGGAAAUGAUUUUAUCCCACAUUUACCAAAUUUACAUAUUCAUCAAGAUGCUCUUCCUCUUUUAUGGAAAACAUAUAUAACAGUUUUACCAAAUUUAGGAGGUUAUUUACACGAUGGAGGUGUAUUGAAUUUGAAGCGCUUCGAGAUUUACAUGUCUCGUUUAUCACAGUUCGAUUUUGAAAAGUUUGAUGAUCAUUUUGCUGAUUUAAGGUGGUUUCAAGCCAAAAGUGAGGAAAAAAGUAAUGGAAACACCGUUAAUAAGCAAAUACGAAACCAAUUCGGAGAUGAUACUAUUAUUACAGCCAGUGAAUUAGCUAACUUGACAGGAAUGGGUGUUGAUUUUUCGGGUAAAGAUAAACAACUCAAUGACACAGAGGAAGAAAGUGCAAGUAGCGACGAGAGCGAAGAAGCAUUGAUGAAAAGGGAAUUUCGAAUGCAUAAAGACAAUUAUUAUAUGGACAAAUUGGAAUAUCCUCGCGUUGAUGAAGCUGUCCUGAGAGAACAAGCUUCCGAAUACGUGAAAGGUUUACAAUGGAUUUUACACUAUUACUAUAACGGUGUACCAAGUUGGAGUUGGUUUUAUCCAUUUCACUAUGCUCCUUAUAUUUCGGAUAUUAAGAAUUUCAGCGAUAUUGAAGUAGAAUUUGAGCUAAGUCAACCUUUUUUACCUUUUGAGCAGCUUAUGGGAGUCUUACCGGCUGCUAGUAAAAAAUUAUUACCCGAACCUUUUCAAAGAUUGAUGACUGAUCAAGCGUCUCCAAUAAUUGAUUUUUAUCCAUCGCAAUUUUCUCUUGAUCUUAAUGGAAAACAGCAAGACUGGGAGGCUGUUGUUAAAAUUCCAUUUAUAGACGAGAAACGUCUUUUAGAUGCAAUGGCACCUCUGUACGUCAAAUUACGUGACUCUGAAAAAAGACGGAAUAAACAUGGUCCACAUCUUCUUUGCGAACGCUCCCAUUCUGAACUUGAACCUUAUUACGCACCAUUACAAGCUAAAAGUUUUCCUAACAUAAUGCAUAACUAUUGUAAAAUUAUUGACCUACACAAAGAUUACUUUCGCCUAAAAAGAGAAUGUAUAGUUAAGGGAGUUAUGAAAGACGCCCUUACAGAUGUCUAUUUUCCUGGUUUUCCAACUUUGAAGCAUCUUUCACAUAGAGCUUAUUUGACAAAAGCUGGAGUUAAAGUAUUCCAGAUGAAUAGUAGAAGUGAAAAUUUUGUUUUGAAGUUACUUGAUAACAAGUUGGAGAAUCCAGAAAAAUUAGCUGAAAAGUGUCUCAAUAGAGAAAUUUAUGUGAGUUGGCCUCAUUUGUCAGAAGUUAAAGCAGUAGAAUUUUUAACCGAAACUGAAAAAUAUGUUUACGAUCAUGAAAAAGAUUGCGUGGUGAAAGUAGCUACUUCUAAAGAAGAUUCAGACAAUUUCAAGUCUUAUUCGUUAGAAAUAUCUAGACAAUAUAAGUCAAGGUGGGGAGUGGAGAUUGGAGAGGUUAGGGCAUUGAUCAGAGGCAAGCCUUUAUCUGGAAAGAGAUAUGUCGUCAAUCAUGAUGGAUCUGUAACAUUAGUCAAACUAUAUCAUGAGAUGAAAGAAUAUUACGCUUAUCAAAGCACGGUGUUGGACUUGAAAGUUGCCGAGUCGAAGACUCCUCAAAUAAGCGACAUUAAUAAGUUAUUUAUGAAAGAUUUACCAGUGUUCAUUAUGAGUUCUGAAAAUUAUGGGAAAAUGGCACAUGUGAAAUCUGUAUCGGGAUCUAAUAUUAAUUUAAUUGUACAAAAUAUUACUCAUCCUUCGUUAUCAGCCCUCUGUGACAAACACGAAAAAAGAUUGAAACAGUAUUUAACUAAUAGACAUGGAGCUAGUUCUUCUGAAGUAUCUUCAUUACUGUUUUCGAGAAUCACUGGUAUUUUGUCGGUAGCCAAAAAUCACGGACCAAAUGCCCUGAAAACAAAUAUUGGUCUAAAUUUAAAGUCAAAUAAAAAAGACUUAGAAGUACCCGGAUUUAGUUGGAGAAAUCCCGUUACUAAAGAAUGGUUCUUUUCCACAAGAGCAGCAAGGGACGUAACGGAAUUUAAAAAGAAAUUUCCUAGACUGUUUGAAAAUUUGGAGCAUAUUUUGCCAGACUCAGGACAUACGGUAUCAGAGUCAUCACUAUUAGAAGGUUGCAGUUAUAAUCUUCAAGAUAUUAAGAAAUUCAUUUCUGGGCUACCAUCAUCCAGCGCUGAUAGAUUGCCAUGUGGCAGCGAGGUAUUAAACGACGAAGAUAUCUCAGCUUUGGAAACGACCAUCGCAGAAACGAAUUUUCAAGUUAUGAAAGAAGAGUUAACUUUACAAUCCAGUCAAAUAUUUCGACCAUCCCACUUAAGAGGUUCAGAGCCUCCAGAUCCAAGAGCUGAAUAUUUUAUUUUUGAUAGAGUAAUAAAUGUUCGAGAAGGCUAUACUGUACCCUUAGGUCUGACUGGGACAAUUGUAGGAAUUUACGUGUCAUCUAAAGUGCAAGAUACAAUCUACGAAGUUUUAUUUGACGAACAAUUUGUUGGUUCAUUCAAUAUUCGGGGAAGUAACGGUAAAGGUUAUAGAAUGCCGGGAUCAGCUCUAAUUAACAUUUCAUAUGGAAAAAGAAAGACUCAAAUAAGCGCUCCAAAAGUAAGAGAAUUCCCAUUUAGUCAAUCUUCAGCUCAUCGCGCCAGAUAUGAUAAUCAGAAAAACCAUCAAGGUCAUCCAGUAAAUUCAAAGCCUCAAAACAAACCAAAGAGUAGACCAUCUGACGAUACUGAAUACCAAAAGUUUUGGUCAGAUUUAGCCGAGAAAUCAAAGUAUAGUCCAAAAAUUUUGCAAAGAGACUCUCAAACUCAAAAAGGAAGAGAACAGAAAGGCGAUGGUCCCUCUCUAGCUGAUGCUGCUAAAAAGCUGCCUAUACCUGAAACACCGGAAGAAAAAAAAGAAAAGGAGCUAAAUGUACCAAAGAGCAGCAGUGCAGCUGCUACUCCACAGAUUCCGAUGCCUUUCACGAGCCAUAUGCCUCGUGUUCCUAUGCCAGGUUGAAAAGAAAGCCUACUUUUAGUUGGAUUUUUAUAUGCUUAUAUUUGUUUUUUUUGUUUAGAUUCUGCUUUAGAAUUAAGAGAACUGGCUAUGCGAUUUAGGUUUAGCAUAAAUACAUGUAAAGUCGAUAUGGGUUACAUGCGAUCUGCCUAUCAAAUAAAGAUACCUGAAAUGUCAAUAUCUGUAACUGGACCUGCAUCUGAAAAUGACAACAUAGCAACGCAGCUAGCCUACUCUGUAGCUCUUCAACAAGUGAAAAUGGCUCUUGAGAAAUCAAAUCCAGGUGUUCGACCAAUGUUCCAUCAAAGACCUAACGGUCCGCCUUUACAACCUAAUCCGCAACAUUCUCUACAAGGGCAACCAGUUAGGAGUUGCUUUCCAGUAGCUCCUUACUUAGAUUAUAGAACACUAAUGGGGCCAAGAUUUGUUCAAGGAGAAAAAGCACCAUAUUUUUAUAAUCCCAAAGGUGAUGUUGUUGGUUUGACUGGCCAAGUUUUACAGGUAACUAGCUUAUAAAUAAUCAAAAACAUAGUUCAACGUUGUAUCCAAUAUAUAGCAGGUUAAAGCUCAACCACCCAAGAAAGAAACUCCAGAGAAGUCUAAACCUUCUGUUGCAAACGCCUUUCUACCAUUACAGGUUCAACGGCGGAUAGGCUCUCAAAAAGACAAUGGAGAGAAAGAAAUAGGCGAUAACAGAGGCUCAAGUUCUAAAGACGAUGUUAUGAAAGCAAUUUCUGACAACGUAUUAAGGUAUUUAACAAAAGACUCACAGAAGGAUCAGCAAACGCGCUUGCAAGUUUUAAAAUAUUUAGCUGGUCAGACGAGAAUCAUUCUUCAAAAGAAAGAUAUGGAUAAAUUGCUCGAAAACUCUAAGCUCUCAAUUGGAGAUAUCAGGGAGGCAGUACAGGAAGAUGAAGUAAAAGAACAGUUUAAGACUAUUAUCCGCUUGAAAUUAGUCAAUGUUAAUGAAUUGGAAGUGAUGUUUAAAAAAGUAGAGGAAAAAAAUGGCGAAGAUGAAAAUAAAAAGAGAGAAUUGAUACACUAUUUAACGAAUAGAACCCUAGAAACCAUUUUGGGUACUGAGGAAGAAACUUUUGAAAAGCAACCGAAACAGCAUGUAAAACCGAAACAAGAAGUAAAAAAGCAAGAUAUAAGGAGAGAUGAAAAAGUAACUAGGAAAUCUAGAAAAGAUAGCGAGAAAGAAGAGAAAUCCAGAACGGAAGAAAUAACUCCUGCUGCUAACGAAAUGUUACGAAUUUUAGAAAAUCUAUCACUAAAAGAAGCACCAAAAGAAAAAGAAAGUACAGUUGUUGAUACAACCCAAACAGAGCCGAAAUCCUCUGAAGCAAAACCCAGGAGAAAUAGAUUAGCAGCAAACUUUUCAUUAAACUAGUUAUAUGCUAUAAAUAUUUUGUUUUUUUUUUUUUGUUUUUCUUUU